UCACAUCCCCUUUGUGAAAUUUUAUUUUUGCUAUGUGGUCAAAUUGAAUUGCUCUGCUUUAAUUCUAAGCUAGAAUGUUCUGUAUUGUGUUUCAACUUGAACUCUGUGAAACUGGGUCUACCUAUCCGAGUCUUUUUUUCUUCUUCUUUUUUUGCUUUCCUUGGUCAUGUCUUUCUUUUAUGAUCAUGGAUAUGAUUUUCAAUUUCUGUGCUGCUCUGAUUCCUUAUUUUGUGGGAUUGAUUUUUCCUUAAACUGUUAUGGCUUAGGAUUUAGAUUUUAAAUUAACUUCAUUCUUCUGUUUGGAGAUUCUUGUGAGAACAUGAGUAAAACAUAAGUUUGUAGAAAUGGGAAUUGUUCACGGACUUUAGUGAGUGCAUUUUUUGAGGUGUUCUUGGUUUGCGGUCAGAUUCUUCAACUACUGUAGCUUACUAUUUCUAUUAGAUUAAAAGUAACAUGUUGUUUGUUUGCACUUGUAUACAUCUUUUUUUCACCUUUUGGUGCAAUGCCCAAAAUUCUGAGUGUCUGCAUGUUAAUUUACAACAAACUUUGCUUUCCCAUUUUACGAUAAACUUGUUUUGCUUUCCCAUUUUACAAUAAACUUGUUUUAAACAUUUAGCUCAUUCUAGUCAUGAACGAAGUCGGUGUAAAGCAGUUUUGCUGGUUGCUGCUUUUUUCAAUCUACAGCUCAAUCAUAAAUAGGGGCUCUUGGAUUUUUGACUGUUCUUACUGUCUCUAGGCCACCAACUCUAAUAUCUUUCAUGUUAACCUUGGAAUUUAGUUAAGAGCCUAGAGGUAUCUUUUUGUCUGAUUUCAUUUCUGUUGCUGUUGGUGAAGCUGGAGAAAUCUGUGUUUGAGACCACUUCUAGUACUUGAAUAUACUUAUAAUACUUGCUGGUGAUGAAAAACAGGGAAAAUGCCAAUUGCUUAGUCUGUAAGUAUACUGAUAACCCUCCUCUAAGCACGUCGCUUUUUGAAUUUUGAUAAUUUAGUUUGAAGCUGAUAUCUUCAAACAAUGUUACAGUUAAUUUAUUUACAUUUUUGUACUGUGUUUUAUGUUAAAAUUCUGUCAUGCUAAGUGCUAACCAUAUUAUAUAAUUCAGAUACGGAAUUAAUUGCUAUGUAAUCUUGGAAAAUGUAUUAAUUUCAGAGGCUUAUCUGGUAUGGAAGAUCUUUGGUCAACUACUGAAAAUUUUCCAACCUUUCUCAUAUUUUGCCUUCGCUUCAUGUUCAUCGUGUUAGAAAUGAGAGAUUAUUUAUACAUAUACCAAAGCCAAAACAAAAUUUAAAAAAAAAAAAAAAAAUGUAGAUCAUUUUAUGUUGACGCGUGUGAACUGUGCUUGUGGGAUCCACCACGUGGAAAUUUGUAAUUUGAUACAUUAUUACUUAUAGGUGUAGUUGAGAAAUCAUUUUCCAAAAACAACAUGAAAGAAAUUCAGAAUGCCAUUCGUGGGCCUGAAGAUUAAAUGGAUUGGCCGACAAAAGUGGUGAUCCCGUCCUGGUUGCUAAUCUUAUAUAAACGGGCUGUACAUACACUUUGUAGUUUGCACAUCAAUUCUUGAAGACAAAGAAACCCCACCCUUCCAUAUUCUGAAGAGUUGAAAUGAAGAAAUCAGAGUUGGUGUUCAUCCCAGCCCCGGGAAUCGGCCACCUGGUUUCGGCUCUCGAAUUCGCCAAGCGCUUAAUAGAUCAUGACGAUCGGCAUUCGAUCACAGUGUUGUCCAUGAAGUUCCCCUUCACACCAUUCGCAGAUGAAUUCACCAAAUCUCUAGUGGCCUCACACCAUGGAAUCCAGGUCAUUGAUCUUCCUCCAGUUGAUCCACCCCCUCCAGAACUAUUGAACUCGCCAGAAAAUUUUGUCUGUGCAUUCAUUGAGAGUCUCAUUCCUCAUGUCAGAAACACUCUCACUGAUAUGUUAUCAUCUUCUUCCCGAGUUUCCGGGUUGGUUCUUGAUUUCUUCUGCCUGUCUCUCAUAGAUGUCGGUAACGAACUGGGUGUUCCUUCUUAUAUGUUCUUGACUUCUAACUCCGGAUUUCUGGGUCUCAUGCUCCAUAUUCCAAUUCGCCAUAAUCAGAAGAGCGCCGAGUUUGAGGAAUCAGAUGCUGAGGUGUCGUUACCGGGUUUUUGGAAUCCGGUUCCUGUAAGCGUUCUGCCUGGGGCUGUGUUUGACAAGGAUGGUGGAUAUUCUGCAUAUCUGAAGCUUGCUAAGAGGUUCAGAGACACCAAAGGGAUUAUUGUAAAUACGUUUUCCGAGUUGGAAUUGGAUUCCGUUAAGUCGUUGAGUGAUGGGGAAACGCCUCCUGUCUACAUGGUUGGACCUGUAAUUGACUUGAAAGGUCAACCUAACCCCAGUUUGGAUCAGGCUCAGCGUGAGAAGAUCAUGCAUUGGCUUGAUGACCAACCUGAGUCUUCCGUGGUGUAUCUGUGCUUUGGAAGCAUGGGGACCUUUGGAGCUAUCCAACUGAGAGAAAUUGCAACCGGGCUUGAACGCAGUGGGCAUAGAUUCCUGUGGUCUAUGCGAGUGCCACAACCGGCAAAGGGUCCCGAUGACAUCUUGCCGGAAGGAUUCUCAGAACGGAUCGGAGGGAGGGGGUUGAUAUGUGGGUGGGCACCACAAAUGGAAGUCUUGGCACACAAAGCAAUCAAAGGGUUUGUAUCCCAUUGUGGUUGGAAUUCCAUAUUGGAGAGCUUAUGGUUUGGAGUGCCAAUUGCUACUUGGCCUAUAUACGCAGAACAGCAAAUGAAUGCAUUUAGAAUGGUGAAGGAAUUUGGGUUGGCAGUGGAGAUGAAGUUGGAUUACCGGUUGGGUGAUCUUGUAAUGGCGGACGAGAUUGAAAUUGCAGUCAGACGUCUUAUGGAUGACAGCGAUGAGUUGAGGAAGAAGGUGAAGGAGAUGGGAGAGAUGGCCAGGCAAGCUAUAAUAGAAGGUGGGUCUUCCUAUAUUGCAGUUGGUCAGCUGAUAGAGGAUAUUUUAGGAAGCAUUUCCUGUGACAAUUAAUUAGUGGGUAUGUUUUUCAUUUCCAAAAGCAAAAUCCAUGUCUGUUGUCAGUAAAGUUGUCCGUAUAGUCAUAUACUAAGACUGUGAGUCUGCAAAUCCGUUGAUCCUUUUUCGGUCAUCUAAUCUAGGACAUAGUUGUUGUUUGGUAAAGGAGUUUGAAGGAAUAAAACCGCAGAGAAGACUCAUAGAUCAUAUAGACGUGGCAAAAAUUAUUGUGCUUGUAUGAGGUUUGACAAUCUCGGUUUCCAAGUUAAUCAGUCUGUCAUAUUCAUAUCCCUGUUUUGUAUUUUGGUGAAUUAAUUCACAUUGCUAUUGGGCUGA